AUGUCGAUUUUGGACACACUUUCGGAAAUUAUCCUGAAUCGAAAUGUUGUGCUAUCCCCCACACAUAACGACCAGCUUUUCUUCGGCGGUCUCACGCACCUUUUAUUCAUGCUUUCGGUCACCCCGGACAUUCUUCCAAAGGAGGAAGAGGCAUCAAAACUUGAUCGUGGCAGCGCCCAGGUAGCGGUAUGCGCUUCGCAAGUGUGGAAGGAGGUUUGUGCUGCAAAGCGUGGUCUUCUAGAAGAAGUUUUUCACGGCAGCUUCGUCACGGAGCUGAAUGCGGCACGCGCAUUGCUUUCUCAUGCGGCAAGCCUACAGUGGUUAUCCUUUGUUGAUUCACAGAUGAAUUCUUCAACUCCAAAAAGUGCUUCGCAAAUUCAGCAGCACAUUCAGUCGAAAAUAACAAAAGUGGCCAGUGGAUUGCAGCGUUUGGCAAGUCGGAAAACACUGAGCAGCUCGAAUUCAGUUUCCAGCUUCACGUUCUGGCGGCAGUCCAAUAUUUCCACAGAGGUUACUUGCCUGAUCUUGUAA